UCCUCUCUCUAAAGCUCAUUAUCGAUCAUGGUGGUUUUAUCUCAGCCGAUCAUUGAUGGCAAUCUCACCCACAUCAAAACAUGCAAGGCGGCGGCGGUGGCGGCGGCCAACGCCGUCGCCAUCCCCGUCGUCGACCUGUCUCAAUCCGGCGCCAAAACCCUCAUCGUUGAAGCCUGCAAAGAGCUGGGAUUCUUCAAAGUGAUCAACCACAGAAUCUCCAUGGAUUUCGUCACCCAAUUGGAAUCCGAAGCCAUGAAAUUCUUCAAAUUGCCGCCGCCGGAGAAGGCCAGGUCCGGCCCCCCUAACCCCUUCGGCUACGGCAGCAAGGUCAUCGGCCCCAACGGUGACGUCGGCUGGGUCGAGUACCUCCUCUUCUCCACCAACCCCGACCUGGCCUCCCGCAACCCUAGCGCCGCCGCCACCGGAAUCUCGGAGACGCUAUGGGAAAUGGCGAACGAGUAUGUAUCCGCGGUUCGAGAAAUGGCGUGCGAGGUUCUCGAAAUGAUCGCGGACGAACUCGAGAUCCCAACGAGGGAAGCCCUGAGCCGCCUAAUCCGCCAUCACAAGAGCGACUCGUGCUUCCGGAUCAACCACUACCCGGCCCGUCCGAACCUGCAGGCUCUGACGGGCCGGAGCCUGAUCGGGUUCGGCGAGCACACCGACCCGCAGAUAAUCUCGGUGCUGCGGUCCAACGACGCCUCGGGCCUCCAAAUCAGCAGCGGCGGUGGGGGCGGGACCAGGUGGGUGGCGGUCCCGCCCGACCACGCCGCCUUCUUCUUCUUCGUGGGGGACACGCUGCAGGUGAUGACGAACGGGAGGCUGCGGAGCGUGAAGCACAGGGUGGUGGCGGAGAGCGUGAGGGCGCGCGUGUCGAUGAUAUACUUCGGUGGGGCCCCGCUGACGGAGAAGAUAACGACGUUGGAAGGGGUGAUGGAGGAAGGGGAGGAGAGUUUGUAUAGGGAGUUCACGUGGGCUGAAUACAAGGAGUCAGCCUAUAAGAGCAGGUUGGGUGAUGAUAGGUUGAGCCUUUUUCUGAAGUCUACUCCUUCUGCUGCUGCCCAAUAGAUUCGAUCUUUCUGGUUUAAUUUUUUUAUUUCUAUUUUUAGUUUUUACUUUUUUUUAAGUAGUAGUGCAAUAGUUGCUUUGGUGGAGUAGUGGAAUAUGUAUAUUGUGUGUGUGUUUGAUUUUGUAAGUAUAUGUGUGUGGUCAAAACCUUGGAAUCCCAACUUUGGUUGACUUCGGAAAAAAAAAUUUAGGACAGUUUAUUUUUUGGA